GCACGCGGGUUGACUGGCGCGUCAGAGGCGGCCGGAACGCCCCUUGGCGGCGGGUAUAGACGCGGCGCUCGCUUCCAACAGCUAUUCCACAGGGAUACGAGCGCACCUCGGACCUGGGCAGCUCGGAGCGAAGGAAACGGAGUCGAACCCGAGCAAAUGGCUGCCUUUCUUUUCACGGUGUCGUCUGUACUGUUUGGAAUUUCCAGCUUUGUUUCCACAUCUCGGACUUAUCCUCCGAAUGAAGUGACGCUCCUGGACUCCCGAACAGUGCAAGGGGAAUUGAAAUGGGUGGCAAGCCCAACAGAAGGAGGGUGGGAGGAGGUGAGCAUCAUGGAUGAGAAGAACACGCCCAUCCGCACCUACCAGGUGUGCAACGUGAUGGAGUCCAGUCAGAACAACUGGCUGCGGACGGACUGGAUCGCUCGCGGCGGCGCCCAGCGGAUCUACGUGGAGAUCAAGUUCACGCUGCGUGACUGCAACAGCCUGCCGGGGGUAACAGGCACCUGCAAGGAGACCUUCAACCUCUACUACUACGAGUCCAACGACGACAAGGAGCGCUACAUCCGCGAAAGCCAGUUCGGCAAGAUUGACACGGUGGCAGCAGACGAGAGCUUCACGCAGGUGGACAUCGGCGACCGCAUCAUGAAGCUCAAUACUGAGGUGCGCGUCGUGGGCUCGCUGACCCGCAAAGGCUUCUACCUGGCCUUCCAGGACGUGGGUGCCUGCAUCGCCCUGGUUUCUGUGCGCGUCUUCUACAAACGCUGCCCGCUCACCGUCCGCAACCUGGCGCAGUUCCCCGACACAGUGACGGGUGGUGACACCUCCUCCUUGGUGGAGGUGCGCGGCUCCUGCGUGCACAACUCCGAGGAGCAGGACGCCCCACGCAUGUUCUGCGGCGCCGAUGGCGAGUGGCUGGUGCCUAUCGGUAGCUGCCUGUGCAGCCCCGGGUACGAGGAACGUGGCGGCACAUGCAAUGCCUGCAGACCCGGCUUCUUCAAGGCCCAGGCCACGGAGCCCGGAUGCUCGGCCUGCCCUCCGCACAGCGUCUCCCCCACUGAGGCCUCCCCCACCUGCCGCUGCCACCAGGGAUACUUCCGCUCGACCUCUGACCCCGUCUCCAUGGCGUGCACGCGGCCCCCCUCGGCCCCCCAGCAGCUCAUCUCCAACGUGAACGAGACGUCGUUGACCCUGGAGUGGACGGCGCCGGAGUCGUCCGGCGGCCGCGACGACCUCAGCUACAGCGUGGUGUGCCAGCGGUGUGGACCGGACCCGCGGCGCUGUCAGCCCUGCGGGGGCGCCGUGCACUACUCUCCCCAAAAGGAGGGGCUGCGAGACACGCGGGUCGCCAUCACCGACCUGCAGGCCCACACCAACUACACCUUCCAGGUCUGGGCCGUAAAUGGCGUGUCCCAGCAGAGUCCCGGGCGCGAGCAGUCUGUGUCCGUCACCGUGACCACCAACCAGGCCGCUCCCUCCCAAGUCACAACCAUCCAGACCAAAGAGAUCACGCGGCACGCCGUCUCACUGGUGUGGCAGUCGCCCGAGCGAUCCAACGGGGUCAUCCUGGAGUACGAGGUCAAGUACUACGAGAAGGACCAGAACGAGAGGAGCUACCGAAUAAUCAAGACCUCCUCCCGGAGUGCCGACAUCAAAGGCCUGUCGCCCCUCACCUCGUACGUCUUCCACGUGCGGGCGCGCACGGCCGCGGGCUACGGCGAAUUCAGCGCCCCCUACGAGCUAAUGACUAACUCUGUCCCAUCCCCAGUCAUCGGCGACGGCGCCAACCCCACCGUGCUGCUCGCCUCGGGCGCCGGUGCCAUCGGCCUGCUCCUCGUGGCUGUGGGGGCCUUCGUCAUUUCCAGAAGGAGGAGUAAGUACAGCAAAGCGAAGCAGGAUGCGGACGAGGAGAAAUGCCCCCCCCAAGGUAUGAAGACCUACGUGGAUCCCUUCACUUACGAGGACCCUAACCGUGCCAUUCGACAGUUUGCCAAAGAGAUAGACGCCUCCUGCAUUAAGAUCGAGAAGGUCAUCGGCAUCGGGGAGUUCGGCGAGGUGUGUAGCGGCCGGCUGAAGCUGGCAGGAAAGCGGGAGAUCUGCGUGGCCAUCAAGAGCCUGAAGGCCGGCUACACCGACAAGCAGAGGCGGGACUUCCUGAGCGAGGCCAGCAUCAUGGGCCAGUUCGACCACCCCAACAUCAUCCACCUGGAGGGCGUGGUCACCAAAUGCAAGCCGGUGAUGAUCAUCACGGAGUACAUGGAAAAUGGAUCCCUGGACACCUUCCUGAGGAACAACGACGGGCGCUUCACGGUGAUCCAGCUGGUGGGCAUGCUGCGUGGCAUCGCCUCGGGCAUGAAGUACCUGUCGGACAUGAGCUACGUGCACCGCGACCUGGCCGCCAGGAACAUCCUGGUCAACAGCAACCUGGUGUGCAAGGUGUCCGACUUCGGCAUGUCGCGCGUGCUGGAGGACGACCCAGAGGCCGCCUACACCACCAGGGGGGGGAAGAUCCCCAUCAGGUGGACGGCCCCCGAGGCCAUCGUCUACAGGAAGUUCACAUCGUCCAGCGACGUGUGGAGCUACGGCAUCGUCAUGUGGGAGGUGAUGUCAUACGGCGAGCGGCCCUACUGGGACAUGAGCAACCAGGACGUGAUCAAAGCCAUCGAGGAGGGCUACCGGCUGCCCCCACCCAUGGACUGUCCCGUCGCCCUGCACCAGCUAAUGCUGGACUGCUGGCAGAUGGAGCGCAGUGCAAGGCCCAAGUUCAGCCAGACGGUCAACAUGCUGGACAAGCUCAUCCGCAACCCCAGCAGCCUGAAGAGGACGGGAGGGGAGGCUCCGCGGACCGGUACCGGCUUGCUGGAUCCGAACAGCCCUGAGCAGCUGUCCUCCUCUGGAGGAUCCGUGGGAGACUGGCUGCAUGCCAUCGGGAUGGAGAGGUCCAGGGACAACUUCAGGUCCACCGGCUUUCCCAGCCCUGAGGCCGCAGUCCGCAUGACUCAGGAGGACAUGGCCAGAAUGGGAAUAUCUUCAGCGGCGCACCAUAACAAAGUCCCAUCAAGUGUCCAGGAAAUGCAGUCCCCAGUGCAACCGAUGCAGGACGGGAUGGUACCGGUGUGAAGGAUAAAGAAACCACAGACUAACUCGAAGCUGGCCAUUUCUGAGGAAGGUUGCGAAAUAAUAAAAUUGUUUACCUCAUCCAUGCACUUUAAACUACGUUGGGAAAAAAAAAGGAAUAUAGGAAAUGAGGAGCAGGAAGCUGCACUUUUACACGACAUCAUUGCUGCCCUUUUGCGACAAGACAGUGGAAAUGUUGUCUUGGACUGGAAUGUAGUUCUGAAGGACCAAACCGGCACCCUUGCCAUGUAUUUGUAGGAAAGGAACUACGAGUUUCUUGCGCGUCACAUUUAUGGUGAUUUCUCGCAUACUAAGAUAUAGAUUGUUUGAAUUUUCAUUUUAUUCGUAUGUCUUUGUAUAAAUCGUUCUUUGUAAUAUACUGCCAUGUUAUUCAUGUUUACUUUCCUUGCACCCUCACCUUCGUUCGAGCCCUUCUGUAUCGCACAGCUGUGUCCUCGUCUUACAUAUGAGCCAGUUUUGCCUUGGACCCCAUAAUCUCUGACCGUCUGACGUAAGAUCACGUGCACGGACCGCCGUAGCCCUCACGGCCACCUCCCCCCGUGAUUUCUCCCUUUGCAGCAGAGCAUGUCCACCCAGGCACGUACUGUCUCCCCGUGUAUGCCGCAUUCGAUGGACGCCAGUCAACACAGUGGCUGGGGAGUAAAACCCCGGGAGCUGUGUGGACCGAACCAAACGUGUCUUUAACCUGGGGGAGGGGGCAUUUUCUCGUCACUCACAUUUAAGGUAGUUCCAAAAAAAGUAAUGAAGCUAACAACACAGAUCGGGUCAGUACGGAAUGAAUAUGAAUGUAAUUAUUUUUCCUGGCUGAAAUGUUUUUUGAUUUGCCAGCCUGUGAUUCGUUUUCUUCUAAAGGGUCUGUCUGGUCUUUGAUGAGCACGAUUUGUGGUUGGGGCGUCUUCACACUGUGUCAUUGUGUACUGGGUGCGGCGACACCUUUCCAAACGCGGUCUCGUAGGCCUGUGUGCUCCCGAAGCUCCCGAAAGAAAAGAAGAGAGAACUCCUCAAGGAGAUUUUUGAAAUCCUUCCCGAAGGACUGCGUCUGUUCAUUGCUGUUCCAGCCAUUUUACUUUCCCAGUGACUGAGUUGAAUGCUCUGUUCCGGGUUCGAGUUGGUUCACAGCCAACAGUGGAAGACCCCUGACGUAUGGCGGACAGGAACGUGGAUAGAGGUUCUGUCCACGUGAACCGUUCAGCUUCUCAUCGAGGGGAGCUCCAGGUCUUUUGGACAGAGACGGGAGCAGCAUAAAGAAUCGGCCCUGACGUCAGUCGCAAUCAGGGGACAAAGCCUCUCUUUUUAGAGCCAGUGUCUUCAGGAGACUGACUGGUUUUCGUUUUCACCCAUCUGGCCUCCCAGCAGUCGGACCCCAGGGACGCUGCCGGCCGUCUCUCUCAUACGGAACUGUUCCACCCCACUAUACCGGAGGUCUCCGAAUCUGCCCCAGGGUGCAGCGAAAUCUCCAAGAUGCCCUGAGAUUUCCGGAAGGUGCUGCACGGGGAUGCAUAGACGGGAAAAAGAAGAAAACAUUUUAUCUUCAUGGGCUGUUUUUUAAAAUAAGACUGAUACGCGUAAAAUUCAUAAAAAAAGAAUGUAAAAUAAAUGCUUGCAGAUAUUACGCAUGAGAUUCUUACUCUCUUAACGUGGCGUCUUUAACGCCUGUAACGGAUUGGGAAGUAAGUAAAGCAUUUCAUCCUCAA